AAGAGAUUACGAAAGGCAUCUUUGGGCAACUUAAUAAGUUGAAAAACAAACAAUGCUCCUCUUUUACAUAGGAUAGGCAUUGCUGCAUUCAGAAGAAUGGAAUGUCUCUCAAAAAGUAUCAGACAAACAAAUAAUCACUUUUAUCACCAAGACAAGAUUGUACAAAACUCUAACAAAUGCAGCAGAAAACUGCUAAUUUUUUUGUCUCUUUUUCGAAUUCCAACACAAAGUCUUGAUACCUUACCCCCAAACUCGUUUGCUACAUAAACAAAACACACAGCUUCUCGAGCAAAUCAUUCUUUCCUUGCAACAAUUAUGAAGCUGCAACAGUACCUUGUGCCUCACAUCAUAUAUCAUCAACUCGAUUUGAGUUUCUUGGAUUACUUGAGACCACCAACUUCCUAGUAACUUGACAUAGGAGCUAAGGAUCAUGAAGUUGGUGGUGGAAGUUAUAGAUGCUCAUGAUCUCAUGCCCAAAGACGGCCUCGGAUCAGCCAGUCCUUUCGUCGAAGUUGAUUUCCAAAACCAGCUCAGUCGAACCAAAACCAUCCCCAAAAACCUCAACCCCAUUUGGAACCAGAAACUCUUGUUCGAUUUCGACAAGACACAGAGCCACCAUUGUAGCAUAGAGGUCUCUGUCUACCACGAGAGGCGGCCUGUCCCGGGCAGGAGCUUUCUUGGGAGGGUUAGGAUUCCUUGCUCAAAUCUUGUCACUAAAGACGAACAGGUUUAUCAGUCUUUCCAGCUUGAGAGCAAGUCUCUCCUUUCAUUUGUCAAAGGUGAGAUUGGCCUCAAAACCUACACUUUAUCACAAUCAAACAUUCAUAUUUCUUCUCCUAAAAUCACCCUUCCAACACCUCCUCCUCAUACUCUUCCUUCUACCACUAGUAGUACAACUCAAUCCCCCAUUGUUGAUGAUUCUAUCAAGUUGAUUGAAGUGAAAGGAAACACUAGAACUCAUACAAAUCCAGCGGAAACAGCCUGUCCUAGCAAAAUUCCAAUCCAAGAAGCUGAUAGUGUGAUUGAAGAGAGAUCAGAAACCACUCACCAAAUCCACAAGCAUCAAUCUGUGCAGCAGCCAAUCCCUACAUUGCUGACUAGAGCCGACGGUGUCCAUCUCCCAACAAUGCAGAACCAAACCGGGCCUAAGCUGCGUAGGAGAGCAGAGCACGAGGCCACCAGACCACUUCACCGAGACAACAACUUUAACAACACCACCACCAACAACAUCAGCAACAACAACAACAUCAACAUCAUCAACAACAACAACAACAGCAACAACAGCAGCAGCAGCAAUGACAACGACUUUGAGGUGAAAGAAGCGAGCCUCCACCUCGGCGAGCAGUGGCCUAACAACACGGGGAGAGUGUGGAUGAGCGGCGAAAGAAUGGCAGCCACAUUAGACCUCGUGGAGCAGAUGCAUUACCUCUACAUCCGAGUCGUGAAGGCCAGGGACCUCGCCGCCUCCUCCGACCCAUACGUGGAGGUGAAGCUCGGAAACUACAAGGGCAGGACUCGCCACCUGGAGAGGAGGCCGAACCCUGAGUGGAACCAGGUUUUCGCCUUCUCGAAAGAGCGAAUCCAAUCGUCAAUUCUCCAAGUGCUGGUGAAAGACAAGGACAUGAUCGGGAGGGACGAUUGCCUCGGCGGAGUCGUGUUUGAUCUGAAUGAGAUUCCGACGAGAGUCCCUCCGGAUAGCCCCCUGGCGCCGCAGUGGUACAGAAUGGAGGACCGGCGCGGCGAGGGGAAGGUGAGAGGCGAAGUGAUGGUGGCGGUGUGGAUGGGAACUCAGGCGGAUGAGGCGUUUACAGAGGCGUGGCAUGCUGACGCCGCCUCUGUUUACGGAGAGGGCGUGUUCAACAUAAGGUCGAAGGUGUACGUUUCGCCUAAGCUGUGGUACCUUAGAGUGAACAUCAUCGAGGCUCAGGAUCUGGUUCCCAACGACCGGAGCCGCCUCCCGGAGGUGCUGGUGAAGGUGCAGAUCGGGAAUCAGGUGCUGAGAACGGGGAUCUGCCCGAGCAGGACGGCGAAUCCGAUCUGGAACGAGGAUUUAGUGUUCGUCGUUGCUGAGCCGUUUGAAGAGCAUCUCGUGUUGACCGUUGAGGACCAGAUUCAUCAAUCGAAGGACGAUGUUCUUGGAGGGAUUACAGUUCCUCUGGAUUCGAUUGAGAAGCGGCUGGAUCACCGUCCGGUGCGAUCUCGUUGGUUCAAUCUGGAGAAGCAGAGAGAGGUUAGAUUUUCCAGCAGAAUACAUCUGAGAGUGUGUUUGGAAGGAGGCUACCACGUGCUCGACGAAUCGACGAUGUGUAUUAGCGAUCAACGCCCCACGGCGAAGCAGCUGUGGAAGCCUCCGAUUGGAGUUGUGGAGGUGGGGAUCGUGAGGGCGGAGGGGCUUCUGCCGAUGAAGAUGAAGGAAGGGAGAGGAAGCACCGACGCUUACUGCGUUGCGAAAUACGGCCAGAAAUGGGUGAGGACGAGGACGAUACUCGACAGCUUUAGCCCUAAGUGGAAUGAGCAAUACACUUGGGAAGUCUAUGAUCCUUGCACCGUAAUCACUCUCGGCGUGUUCGACAACUUCAAUUUAGGCAGCGGCGGAGGCGGAGGAGGAGGUAGAGAUGCGCGGAUGGGGAAGGUGAGGAUACGCCUCUCAACGCUGGAAGCGCAGCGCGUUUACACGCACGCGUAUCCGCUGCUGAUGCUUCACCCCUCGGGGGUGAAGAAGAUGGGGGAGAUCUCACUCGCGGUGAGAUUCACACCUCUCUCACUCGCCAACACAAUCUACAUCUACGGCCAGCCGCUUCUCCCCAAAAUGCACUACCUCCACCCUUUCACCGUGAAUCAGGUGGAGAGUUUACGGUACCAGGCGAUGAACAUCGUGGCGGCGCGGCUGGCCCGCGCCGAGCCGCCGCUGCGGAAGGAGGUGGUGGAGUACAUGCUGGAUGUAGACUCGCACAUGUGGAGCAUGCGGCGGAGCAAGGCGAAUUUCUUCCGGAUCAUGGCGAUUUUAUCAGGAUUGACGUCGAUGAAGCGAUGGUUCGAGGAGGUUUGCGAUUGGAAGAAUCCGGUGACGUCGAUUCUGGUGCACGUUCUGUUCCUGAUACUGAUUUGGUACCCGGAGCUGAUGCUGCCGACGCUGUUUUUAUACGCGUUCGUGAUCGGGGUGUGGAACUACAGGCUGCGGGAGAGGCACCCGGCGCACAUGGACGCGAGGCUGUCAUGGGCGGAGGCGGUGCAGCCGGACGAGCUGGACGAGGAGUUUGACACGUUCCCGACGUCGAGGCAGGGGGAGGUGGUGCGGAUGAGGUACGACAGGCUGAGGAGCGUGGCGGGGAGGAUACAGACGGUGGUGGGGGACGUGGCGACGCAGGGGGAGAGGCUGCAUUCGGUGCUGAGGUGGAGGGAUCCGAGGGCGACGAGCUUGUUUCUGGUGUUCUGCCUGUGUGCGGCGGUGGUGCUUUACGUGACGCCGGUGAGGGUGGUGGUGCUGGCGGGGGGGUUGUAUGUGAUGAGGCAUCCCAGGUUUAGGAGCAAGCUGCCUUCGGUUCCUAGCAACUUUUUUAGGAGGUUGGCUGCCAGGACUGACUCUAUGCUUUGAGAUUCAGUUUGUUAGUGUUGUGUUUUUUUCCAUUUGUGUUGUAUAGGAAUAAGGAAAAUUUUAAGUUGUUGCUUGCCACUUUGUUUUCGCUUUUCUUCACUUGUUUAGAUGAAUCAUCUUUAGAUCAUAUAUUUUGUGUUCAUCAAUCUACAAGGGCCAAAAUAUAUCCACAAAUAAAUAAUCCAUCCGUCCCA